GUUUGUAGCCGGUUAGCUGAAGGUGAACGAAGGGGCUGUGUAGCAUUUUCCGAAGCGCGGCGUAUUUAACGUUACACGUACAAAUAAGCGUGUGUGUCUCUCUUAAUUUCGAAGCCUUUCUUCGGCAUAUUUUUCAGGAACAGUCAUUUUUGUAACGUGACAUCUCCUAACCUGAUUUUCCAGUGGGCUGUUUGUUUAAAUGUGAUGUAAGGUGAGCUGUGAGGUGGUGAAAACUCCCUUUCGCUCACCGAUGCGGUUCUGUUUCGGUUUUUCUUCCCCCUCAGACGCUCCUCCUGGCUUGGCCGCAUCUCUGCGUUGUAGAGAGGAAACUGGCACCGAUUUUAGGGACUGAUAUAAGGUUUGUGGCAGCACAUACCUCACUAAACCGGUUGGCAUUAUUGUAUAAAGAAAAUAACGCGCAAAAAGAGGAACCGAAACCGAGUCUGCUGACAGUCCGCCUACUUCUUACAGUCGGCAAAAGCAAGCCGAGCUUCAGUUAUUAUCUGAAGCUGUUUUAGCUGAUGAAGGUGCGCGCCGAGCCUUUCAUUUAAAUAGUUGUGUCGUCUUCCACGAGCCGUGAUGUCGGACACAGAAGAUUCUCUGCCGCUCCUGAAGAGGCUCAGCUAUGCGGUGGGACACUUUCUCAAUGACCUGUGUGCAUCCAUGUGGUUCACAUAUCUGCUGGUUUUCUACCACUCGGUGUUGGGAUUCCAAAACACAAAUGCAGGUGUGUUGUUGCUGGUCGGGCAGAUAGCUGACGGUAUCUGUACACCUCUCAUUGGCUAUGAGUCUGACCGAACCUCCGGGUUUAGGAACUAUGGCAAGAGGAAGACGUGGCAUUUAGUUGGUACGGUGAGCGUCAUACUGUCCUUUGCCUUCAUCUUUAACCAGUGUGUGGGCUGCAGCUACCUCACCCCUCAGUGGGCCAGUUUAGUCUACUUUGUCCCAUUCAUCAUCAUUUUCCAGUUUGGCUGGGCCGCCACGCAGAUCUCCCACCUGUCCCUUAUUCCCGAGCUGGUCACCUGUGAGCACGCUAAAGUGGAGCUCACUGCGUACAGGUAUGCGUUCACAGUGAUAGCCAACAUCACGGUGUAUGCAGUGGCUUACCUGCUGUUCCACGUCCAAGCUGGAGAGGACACUGACCCUGAUGCACUAGGACCAGCAGAUAUCGUCAUCUUCAGGAAUCUGGCACUAAUCGUUUUGGGAAUCGGUGCUGUCUUCUCCAUCUUUUUCCACGUGGCAACGAAAGAGACGAGAAAUGGCGCGAGAGAGGAGGGUGGAGGAGUGGAGGAGGCGGAGGGGGAGCGGAAGCCCCUGCUGCCGCGCUCCAACACAUUCCCAUCUGUCCUGCAGUGGAAAUGUUGGCUGCUGCAGCCUUCUUUCUACCAGGUGGCCUUACUCUACAUGUCCACCAGGUUAAUAGUCAACCUGUCUCAGACGUACAUCUCAAUGUAUCUCAUCAACACUCUGGGGCUGCCAAAGAAGUUCAUCGCUACCAUCCCAUUAGUGAUGUAUGUGAGCGGCUUCCUGUCUUCCUUCAUCAUGAAGCCUCUCAGUAAACUCAUUGGAAAAUGCCUGACAUACUUUGUGGGCCUGCUGCUGAUUAUGGCCUUUUCGUACUGGGUGCUGCUGGACAUCAGAAUGGGUCAGCAGGUGUACGGGGCAGCUGUGCUGCUGGGGGCCGGGUCAGCAACCAUCCUGGUCAUAUCGCUCGCCAUGACUGCAGACCUCAUCGCAGAUCAGACGCAAAGUGGAGCAUUUGUGUAUGGAGCCAUGAGUUUCACUGACAAGCUGGCUAAUGGAGCAGCUGUGAUGAUCAUUCAGGCCCUGCACCCCUGCCAUACUGUGGUGUGCUGUCCGGCCUGUGUGUGGUUCUAUCAUUACGUCAUGGUCAUUGUAACGGGAGGCUUCGCCAUCGUCGCAGCUUUGGCCCUCUGCUCCAUCCUUAUCUGGCCAAUCAAGAUCAGAGCACGUGGUCUGCCAGUCAUCUCCAAUGAAGCAAACAGAAUCAACUAACAAGGCUCCUCCCACAAAUUCCCCUCUGACUGACUCUGAGGACUUUCACUUCUGUUUCUUUUGAAGAGCCUUUCAGGGAAAAGUAGCAGGAAUCCAGCGGGAUUUCCCAACUGGCUCUUCAGCCGGUGCACUUUGUGAACCCACAGGAACUGAGAAGGGUUUUUUUGUUUGGUUUUCUGUUUUUUAUAACCUUGUUUUCCCACCAUUUUCCAAGAAAACUGAAUCUAAAAAUCAGGUUAGUGUAUUGAAGAGGGAAGACACCCGUCAGAGUGUAGCUGCAGAGAUUAAAGGCCAGCAGGGAUGUCAAGGUUGGCGUCCCCCUACUGUACUGAGUUAAACAGUGUAAUCACAAAAGUCGAUUACUUUUAAUAUGACCAGUAAAAACUAAAGAAAGGAAUAACAGCACAGCAGCUACCAGCAGGCUGUGCAUGCUGGGAUGAAGGUCCAUUCAUGUGGUGUAGUAAGCUACAGAAGCAUCAGUUAGAAAAAAUACAUUUAGAAUUACACUGAUUCAAACAUGAAUUUCGCAUUUCCAUAAUUCUAACACACUCCGGGCGAGGGACCACCGUCAUUUGAAAGUUUGUUUUCAGUCUGGGAAACUUUUGUUUGCUACUUUUUUUGGGAAUCGCAUCAUUAAAUCGUGUAAGACGAGGAAACUAAAUGAGCGUAGUGUUCAGGCAGGCCAGCCACAGUAAGCUGAUUACUCAGCUCAUACCCUUUUACAUCCAACAAAUUUCAGAGGUCAUCCUAUUUAAGCUGCUUCAGCCUGAUCAUAGUUGCUGCUGCUGCCGCCGCCGCCUCUGAGCUGCUUUGCACUCUUUCCAUGCUGCAUCUGAUUUCCGCUCAGACCUGUCGCCUUUCAUGCUGCUCAGUUCUGUGGUUGGGUCUUCCUUUUUUUUUUUUUUUUUUUUGCUGCCUAAAGCUUUUCACUGCGCACGUUGGCAGGUGGUGAAGUCCCAGGACAGAGCAGCUGUUCUAAACUGCUGCAGAUGGAAACUUCUUUUCACUAUAGUAGCUCAGACUUAAAUUCCCUGAAGUCAGAGCACAAAACUUUGGAAAAUGAUGAGAAAACGGUUGUUCUGCUUAAAUAGACAUUAUUAUACUAUUGUAAAAUAACUUGUUCAGUGCAGGAGAGCAGUAAUACAUGGAUGACAAAGGGAGCGAUUACCCUGCUGCUGCUGCACACCUGAUGAGGAUGAUGAAGGGAAAGGGGGGGUUGAUGUGGUUCAUGUGAACAUGAGUGAAAUUUGAUCAGCUGGUUAGCAGUCAAAUCUUCCCCGGGUUUCAUUUAAAGGAUCAUUCCACCACAUUUGUCUCCCUCACAGUAACAAACUGAUUGACCACUACAUUUUGACACUUCGAGGCUGAAUGUGUUACGCACAGAUUGAUGUGAGGAGGACGAUGAAGUCCUAGUCACAAUGCACAGACGGCACUAAAAGAGGAAAUUAGUUUGAAGGAGCUUUUUUUCAUGUUCUCAAUGAGAGCUUUUUACUCUGUGACGUCUCAGAGGAGCUUUACAGUAAAUCCUGCUGAGCUUCAUGCAGAUUGUUUGUAUUUGUGCCUCAUUGUGGAUUUGAUUUUGACUCAGCACUGUUCUGGAUUUUUCUCCCUCAUGAAACAGCUUGCUGUGUAAAUUUUGGGAUUUUUUUUUUUUAUAAUAUUUAAAUCAUCCAUCGUUUUACCUGUUUGGGAUCAAAUGAAAUGUGGAACAUAUUUUUUAUAAUCAAGAGACUUGAUGAGCAGAGCUGUAUUUAAAGGGAUCAAUGCUAUAAUCUGUAUAUUAAUAUGAACAGAAGGGAAUCCAAACUAAUGUUUGACUGUGAACAAUCAUUUUGAACCAAAGCUUUUUUAAAUAUGACAGUUCCACAGGAGCACUUUGUGUUUACUUUGUGGGCCCAGUCACUUCUACAUGUGUGAUAAAGGGACACUAAUUAAACGGGUCUCAUAUGAAAUUUGUCUGACUCAUCAUCUGUUUGAAUACUUCACAUCAUCUCGUGUGCUUCUGAAUGGGAGGAAGGAGGUGUAUGUCACACUGCUGCUUGCAGCCGUCUGGUGUUCAGUUGCUGUGGACUUAUUCCAUAUGACACUGGAAAAAAAGGAAUAAUCUUUCUUCUCUCUGUCACUACAGUUGUGUUUCUAGAUCUUUGAGAUGACUGGAAAAAUACCAGUUGUCUCCAUAUUGUUUACUAUGAAUACUACAAAGUUCUAGGCUCUAAUUAUAGGCAGUUUUUCCAUCACAGUAUCGAUACAAUAAAAACAAAAAAAAAAAGCUGUCUAGUCAGUGAUAGUGAUACAGACUGACAGAGCUUAUUGUGUGACGAAUUAUUAUUCCAUCCAUUUUCUUCUGCUUAUCCAGGGAAGCCCCCUAAGCAGAGAAGCCCAGACCUCCCUCUCCCCAGCUACUUCCUCCAGCUUAUCCGGGGGAAAACCGAGGCGUUCCCAGGCCAGCCGAGAGAUUUAAUGUCUCCAGCGUGUUUUGGGUCUUCCCCGGGGCCUCUUCCUGGUGGGACAUUCCCAGAACACCUCGCCCAGGAGGCAUCCUAAUCAGAUGCCCGAACCACCUCACCUGGCUCCUUUCAGUGAGCCCCUCCUAGAUGGCUGCACUCUUCACCGUAUCUCUAAAGGAGAGGCCGGCCACCCUUCGGAGGAAGCUCACUUCUGCUGCUUGUAUCCAAGAAUAAUUAUUGUCAUGUUGAAAUAUUAAAAAUCAUCAGAGACUGAUGAGUGGAAAGUCGAUUUAAAUGGAUUUCAGCCUCCUGUUAAUGAGGCUAUUGUGACUGUUAAUCCAGCUAACUCUGCACCCGUCAUCAUAGUUACAGUUUCCAGAUAAACUCUAUACUGUAUUUAAAAGAUGGAUGGCACUUAGGUCUGAAAAAUAAAGCCAUGGUAAAAGAGCCUUAAACCUGCAUUACUUCAGUUAGCCAACCAGUGGUUCCUGUGGUUACAGAAGGGAGUCCAGUUGUAUAAAAGUCUAUGGGAAAAUGACCCUUCAGCUUCCUUAAUCUAUGACCUCUUAAUGAGUGGAUGUUCAGGGUCAGAGCAGAUCUACCUUGCAAAAGCUCCCAUCUAAAUAGUAUGAAGUCUUCACAAUCAGGCUUCACUAGUUGGUUGGUGGGUACACAGUGGCUCCAGUGGGAUCUAUAUUCUGCAGCUUAUCCAAGGCACAGGACAGCAGUCUAAACAGAGCUGCUCAGAGCCCCCUCUUCCCUGGCUGCUUCCUCCAGCUUUUCCAGGGGUCCACUGAGGCAUUCCCAAACCAGCUGAGAAAUGUAAUCUGUUCAGUGUGUCCUGUGUCUGCCUCAGGGCCAGCUGGCUCCUUUUGAUGUGGAGCAGCAGAGACAGGAGACGGGAACCAACUGAGAGCUUUGCUCCUCUCUUCACUUGAGUGUCCAAGACAUACAAGGACAUACAGACAUGCAGUGUCCCGGCAUCAAGUACACUUAUUUACACCCUUAUGGCCAAACAUGGUGUUUGUAUGACCAAAUUGUGAUUAGCACAGAAGUCCAUUUACAGAGGGAAGUGAGUCCAUUCAUCUUUUUUAUACAGUCUAUAGGAAAAGCCAUAUUUUUUCCUGUCAUUUUAUGUGGUGAACAUAAAAUUUGGUACAGUCUCUUCAACAUGAAAACACUAAAACCUACAGUACCCACAGACUCACACAAACCAGCAUGUGCAGAUGUGUGUGUAGGGUGAUCAGGUCAGCAAGUUGUUCCAUAUGAAGAGCUUUAAUACAUUUAGCAAAAUGAACAUUUAAGGUAGAUCAUUUCUGUUACCUUUAAGACUGAAAACUUAUUGGUAUGUCUGUAAAAAUGUGUUUUGGAAAUCUAUACAGAUCACAUGAUGCUACCGUUUUUUUCUUUUGGCUGCUCCCUGUAGGAGUCGCCACAGCAGAUCAUCUGUCUCCAUCUCCCCCCAUCCCAGCAUCCUCCUCUGUCACACCAAUCCUCUGCAUGUCCUCCUUCACUACAUCCAUGAACCUCCUCUGUGGUCUUCCUCUUUUCCUCCUGCCUGGCAGUUCCAUAGUCAACAUCCUUUAUCUAAUAUAUCCACUGUCUCUGCUCUGCACAUGUCCAAACCAUUUCAACCUGCCUCUCUUUGUCUCCAAACCGCUCGAGCUGAGCUGUCCCUCCGAUGAACACAUUACUCCUGUCCAUUCUCUCCCAAUGAAAAUCUGAGCAUCUUCAGCUCUGCACACUGAAAGGAUGCUCAGCCUCCUGUUAGUGCCACCAUCGCCAAACCAUAGAUGGUCUCACUACCAUCUCCUGAACCUUCCCUUUCACUCUUGCUGCUACCCUUCUGUCUCAAAUCACUGCUGACACUCGUCUUCACCCACUCCACCCUGCCUUCUUUACCUCUCGUCUGUUGCUUUGGGUGGCUGACUCCAGGUAUUUAAACUCAUCUACCUUCACUAUCUCUACUCCUUGCAUGUUCACCUUUCUACCCGUCUCCCUCUCAUUCACGCAUGUAUUCUGCCUCACUUCUGACUUUCAUUCCUCUUCUCUCCAGAGCAUACCUCCACCUCUCCAUACUCUCCUUCCACCUGUUCCCUACUCUCUCUACAGCAUGUCAUCUGCAAUGUUGUCCUAGUUCAUGGAGACUCCUGCCGACCUCGUCUGGUAACCCGUCCAUUAAUAUUGCAGACAAGGGGCUCAGAGCCAAUCCCUGCCGCAAUCCCACCCCUACCUUACAUCCAUCUCUCACUCCUACCACACACCUCACUGUCCUCACACAUCCUGCACAACCCCCCACAUAGUAUUUCCAAAAGUAUUUGCUCAUCUGGCUUCACACACAUAUGUCAGGUGACAUCCCAUUCUUAAUUCAUAUGGUUUAAUAUGCUGUUGACCAUUGUUCCAGAAGCACAUUUGUGAGGUUGGACACUGAUGUUGGAUGAGAAGCCCUGGCUCACAGUCUCCUCCCUAAUUCAUCCCAAAGGUGUUCUGUGCAGCUCUCCCUCAUCCAUGUCUUUACGGACCUGCUUUGUCCACUGGUGUGCAGUCAUGUUGGAAGAGGAAGUGGCCAUCCCAAAACUUUUCCCACAAAGUUGGGAGCAUGAAUUGUCCAAAAUGUCUUGGUAUGCUUAAGCAUUAAGAGUUCCUUUCACUGGAACUAAGGGGUCGAGCCCAACUCCUGAAAAACACCCCCACACCAUAACCCCCCCUCCACCAAACUUUACACUUGUUACAAUGCAGUCAGACAAGUUCUGUUCUUUUGGCAACCACCACACCACUUGUCCAUCUGCCAUCAGAUUGACAGAUGGAGAAGUGUGGUUCAUCGCUCCAGAGAACACGCCUCCAUCGCUCUAGAGUCCAGUGGAGGUGUGCUUUACACCACUGCAUCCGACGCUUUGCAUUGUGCCAGAUGAUGUAAGGCUUGGAUGCAUCUGCUCAGCCAUGGAAACCCAUUAAUGAAGCUCUGAAGGUCUGUAGAGACUGACUGCAGGAAGUUCCUGACCCCACUCUGUCAUUUUAAGUUGCCUAUCACUUUGUGGCUGAGUUUCUGUCAUUCCCAAUCACUUCCACUUUGUUAUAAUACCACUGACAGCUGACUGUGGAAUAUUUAGUAGUGAGUAGGAUGCCAUCUGUGCAAUUGGACUUGUUGCACAGAUGGCAUCCAAUGCUGGAAUUCCCUGAGCUCCUGACAGCGACCCAUUCUUUCACAAAUGUUUGUAGAAGCAGUGCAUACCUUGGUGCUUAGUUUAGACACCUGAAUUCAAUGAUUUGGAUGGGUCAGUGAAUACUUUUGGCAAUAUAGUGUAUUUAUCUGACACUCAAGUUCCUCAUACAGUACCACAGUUCCUUUCUUGGCACCCUAUCCUGUGCUUUCUCUAGAUCCACCAAGACUGUGCAGUUACUUCUGCCCUCUAUACUUGUCCAUCAACACUCUCAAAGCAAACAAAGCAUCUGUAGUGCUCUUUCUCAGUAUUUGCCAACAGAUACAAAGAUACAACAUGAUACUUUAUAUUGUCUGGAUAGCCUCAGAAACAGGCUAUCCAGACAGGUUCCAUUAGUUAGCACGAUGCUUUUCCUCACAGAGACACGUAGCUGCUACUGCUUAGCUUUUUUAAAAUUUAGAUAUCUGUGGCAGAUCCGGUUUUGUCAGGACACAUGUUCUCUUCAAAAAUGUGGAUGUUUCCAACUUUGAGAAAUAUAUUAUUGGCUGUCCUAACUGAUCAGAGUUGCAGUUUCUAACUGGAAACUGAAAACUAAACUUAAACUGUGGUGUGAAAACAGGGAAUAAAUAAAUGAUCAAAUAUAUUUUACUAAGCAAAACUGUUAAUGUGUGAGAACAAUAAAACAACAUUUAA